UUAAAUCUUGACAAAUGCCCACACUGUAACAAAAGUAACAAAACUCAUAAAAGACUGAAAGAAAAUCAAAUUUAAAACAAAAACUAAAGAAGAGUUUAAAAACCAUCAUAUUUUCUGAUCUUUGACUUGGAAGGAAGUUGGUUUGGAAACACAUUUGCCGAUGCUUCAUCUUCUGCUUUGCGUUUGUGUGGGAGCCCUGUCAAAAACGUGUCCAUUAUAUGAGCAGUGUCCAAGCAUUCCUUUUUCUUUUUCUUUUUUUUAAUUUAUAGCGUGCCCCCUGCAUUGGCUCUGCGCUCACCCUCGGGGACACGUCCCACACUUUGGGAACAUCUGUUUUAACCAAUGAAAUUAUAAGUGGGCGGUGUCUUCUUUGCCGGGGUUCAGUGUUACACAGCCACGUCAGCUCAAGUAACUACUGCGCCGAAUCCCUCUCCAAAAGUGUGACACUCCUACACGCGGGAAAUUCGUUUGGCUUCAUUUUUGUACAGUCGGAAGAAGUGCAGCGGGGUAGUUCAUCUUUUCUGCAGUCGCUGAUCGAAAAAAGCAGGAAGACCUUCUUUCGUUUACUCCUCUCCAAAACCGCCGCAUUAAACUGAUGGAGGAGCUCAGCUUUAAACCGAGAGGACUGAAGAGCGGACUGAAUGAAAUGUGAGUGAGUUUUGGAUUAGUUACCAAUAUGUGUGAAAAGUUAACCAGCCAUUAUUGAUUAUCAGGAACAUUUAAGCAUCACUAACCUAUAUUUGUGAAAAAGGAAGCAGUACUGUCAUGGCAGAUCAAGGUGAAGUGAAGACUCAAGAGGAGGAUCUGUCCCCUGACAUCAAGAAUUGGAGCAAAUAUCAAGUGAGACAAUGGGCUCUCCAGUUGGAUGGUGUUGAUGACAAAGUUGCUGAAAUAUUAUUUAAUCAAGACAUCAAUGGCCGUAGUCUUCUUCUUUUAAAUACAACAGACUUGACUGCAACUGGUGUCACUUUGGGACCAGCUAAGCUUCUCAUUCAUGCCAGAGAUGAAGUUGUGAAAUUUAAAAAAGAAGAGCCAGUAGGUUCUAGAAACCAGCCUGGAAAACCAUGCAAGCCAUAUCCAUUUGAUAAACACCAUGAUACAUUCAGAUACAUGGAAAGCAGGAUUCUUGAUGUUACAGAAUCAGGUGCCUCAGAUUUGAUUGAACCCUGCCACGAGUACAAAGCUUUCACCAGCACAACAGAAGAAACUAAAAUGAAGAAGUUCACAUCUGAGGUCAUUCGCUUUGCAGCAGCCUGCAUGAACAGCUGCACCAACGGCACCAUACAUUUUGGAAUAGGAGACAAGCCGAACUUCACCCACGGUCAAGUGUUGGGAGUGGUUGUUGAGGACAGAGAGGCUUUUGCAAAUGAACUGAAAUCUGCCAUUGAUGGGUAUUUUGAACAUAAACAAAAACAAGCUGCUCAGACAUGCGUCAGACAUCCUCGAUUUGUUGAAGUUCUCAACAAGAACAUGACAUCAUCUGACAAAUGUGUCAUAGAAGUCGACGUUGUUCCAGAGACUACGAUCUGUGAAGAAAACAGCUACCACACAUACACCAUAAAAAAAGGCAAGAAAAAAGGCAAAAGUAAAGAAACUGAAUCAGAACCAUCAAAGUGUUUCUUCAUCCGUGAUGGUGGUAGCAGCAGAGAUCUUCUUGCGCAACCAAACAAGCGAGAGUACGAGCAGUUUCUCGAAAGUAUGGCUCAGCGAUCACAACGCCGGAAAAAGGCAGAAGAGAAGCACCUCAGUGUGAUAAAAAACAGCACUCAGGGCUCUAGACUCAGUCACAUGAUUACUGGUGGCUCUCUGUCUUUAGAUAAAUCAAAUGUUGAGCAGUAUGUGAUAAUAACUAACAAGUCACACCCAAGCCAGUUAGAUUCUUUAAACUUUCUUGUACAUCUGAAUCCAGCAGCGGUGUUGGACUUUGAUCCAGAAUCAGCUAAAGAGGGAUUAGAGCAAUAUUUUGACCAGCAGAGCCCAGUAAACGUUCAUUCACCGGCACGAUAUAAAAUCACAGAAGGAGUUGAAGACAUUGCGAACAAGUUGAAAUUAACUCAAAACACCAGCUGGGUGUUCUGCAAUGGAGGCAUUGAGCAUGAGUCGCCCUCAGACAUUGACCAGUGGUUAAUGGAUAAGGGAGCCUCCGUCAGAGAUGUCAUUUCCUUCUUGUGUCGCAAAGGUAUCCUUCCAAGCAAGAGGUUCCUCGUCAUUUUUUUAAUUUUGUCAAGAGUGAGUGAGAAGAUGGACCCCCUUGUGGAGACUUUCAGUACAUUCUUGCAGGAACUCAGAGGCACAGAUCAGAUCCUUUGCGUAUGUGACAAUGACAAAGCAUUCAACUCCUGGAGAGACUUAAUUGAGGCUCGAUGUGGAAUCGACAUCUCAGGUAGAUGCAUACAUGAUCUCAGCUUUGCAGAAGUCAAUGGCACUAUCCUUAGCCUUUGGUCAGAGAAUCGCAGAUCCAGUCGUUUCCUACCGUGUGGUGGGGGAAGCAAAGUGCUAUUUGAGAAGAAAGUGGAGCAAAGUCUCAGUACCUUAGAUGUACUUUGUGUGAACCAAUGUGAAGGAAGAAAUGAGGAAAAAUUUCUGAUAGAACAGAACUUCUACAAGCGUGGAAAGGUGACGUGGUGGAAUUUCUAUUUCUCGGAGCAGACCGGAUCCACGCCGUUUAUCAAACGAGACCACUUUGACUACAUCAAGGAUACAAUCAUACCUGAUUCAUGCUCCAAGAGAAAAACCUGUGUGUUCUUUAACCUCGUGCAUGUACCUGGAUGUGGUGGGACAACUUUGGCCAUGCACAUAUUGUGGUCUCUCCGGAACACAUUUCGUUGUGCUGUCCUCAGGAACAACAAUGCUGACUUUGCUGAAGUAGCCAGUCAGGUGACCAAACUUCUCAUGUAUAAACAUCAAGGGCAGCUGCCACGUGUCCCUGUUUUGCUGAUGAUAGAUGACUUUGAUGAUAUGGAAAAAGUAUGUGACCUGCAGCAGCUCAUUGAAAAAGAAUGCAAAGAGAAAAAAAUUCAGUCUAAGUCUGCGCAGGUGGUUCUCUUGAACUGCAUGAGAUCAGAGUCUUUUGACCAGACCGGACAAGCUGCAGAUACUGUAUUCAUUGGAAAUAAUCUCUCUGAGAGGAAACAGAAACAGUUUGAUUUAAAACUAGUCGAAAAUGAGAAAACUUACAAUACACACAGUUACAGCAAGACUGCAGACACAAAACCCAGAGGCUUUCGUGUCUGUGAAGGUUCUCAGUUAUCCAGGUCAUCGUAGUCAGAACUGAAGAAGCUUCUCGGAUGAGAGGUGAAACGUCUUCAAGCAACUUAAAGAAGUCCAGACGCUUUUCUUUCCAAGCUCCUUAGACCCCGAGGCUUUCAUUAUUAUAUCUGGAAACUUUUGUCGGGUCUGUGUUAGAGCCCACUCACACCUGGACAAGGGAAAAGGCACGGUCAGGAUCCUGUUUCUUGACUUUUCCAGUGCCUUUAAUACCAUCCGGCCCUGUAUGCUCCAGGAAAAACUGAACAGGAUGCAGGUGGACCCCUGCCUGGUCGCUUGGAUCUCAGACUACCUCACUGACAGACCACAGUACGUCAGGCUGAAGGACAUCAUGUCUGACACUGUGGUCAGCAGCACAGGAGCACCACAGGGAACUGUGCUGUCCCCUUUUCCCUUCACCCUGUACA